CUAUAAAUUGUUAUAAUAUCACGUUCGGACCAAUCACGAGCUUGUCACGAAAAAACAAAGAAAAAAAAAAAAGAAAACAGAAACGAAAACAAAAAAUUCUAUACGAAGUAUAUCAUCAUAUAGUUUUCCCAAUUUUAUACGUAUAAUCAUAUAUUUUUGGAAUAACCAUACAUUUUUUUUCGAGAGUGGGCAUGUACGAUGCUUACUUCCCCAACUGAUCGAAACAAAUGCAAGUGAUUGGAAGUGAUCAGUAGAUCGCAGUGAUUGGCGCAAUGGAGAGCAAAGUAAAAUGGCGGUGUCCUGUAAAGGACGAAUAAGAGAACGCAUGCGUCAGUAUAAAAAGUAGAGGGGAGAAGACAACAUCGGAAGUUCUUCAUCGAAUCGAUAUGUCGAGAUGACGUCACGUGACGCCGAGUGUUCGGCCGACGACUCCUGAAACUCGUCGAAACGACUUUUCCAUUAUUUUUUCACGCUUUAACAUUUGUCUUUCUUCAAUAUCGGCAAUCUAUUUUUUGACUAUUAGUUGUCAUAUUUUUGUUUAUCAAAAUAAAUAUUCCCUUCAAUUACACCGUAAUCAAAGUAACUCGAUUUUAUACACUUUUCGAAUAUUUCUGAAUUCUAUUUUCGAGAGAUACCAAUCGAAAGAUAAAAAAGUGAUAACGUGAAAGAGGGAGAGAUAGAGAGAAAGAAAGAGAGAGAGAGAGAGAGAGAGAGAGAGAGAGAGAGAGAGAAAGAGAAAGAGAGAGAGAAAAAGAGAGAAAAAGAGAGAAAAAAAGGUUUGUACGAAAAUGGCGCGUAGAGACGAAAGAAAAAGAAGGAUUGUACGAUAGAGAAAGCUUUGGUCGAGAAGCGCAUGAACCAAAUGGUUAAGGAAUACGAUCGAGUAGGCAUAUCGUACUAGUCGACUGGUAGUCGUUCUCUGUCGAGCUUGAGGAAAGCACGUGUUACUUACGUCAACGAAUCCACCAUCAGCACUAUUACCAACAAAAGCACCACUGGGGUACCAGUAAUAUUGGUUGCGAUCACAUCAUUACCACCACUACCAUCGUGAAGUAAAGGAUCGUAGGCACCAUUGGGUAUUCUCUCGUCCUUCAACCCUUUAUCCCCUCCACAAUUGAAACGAUCUAGUACAUAUCUCGUGAUUCGAGAUAGAAGAGCAUCCGAAUUCAUAGUACUAUCCUUCAGUACUUCGAGUAAAGCGGUAGCAACCGUUAAGAUCCUCGGUCUUUAUUAUAAUUCUCAUCUCAGGAUGUUUCUCGCGUUUAUUGUUUUUCUCUUAACCAUCGUUGACACUCGAGCUGAAAUUUUUACGAAUAGUUUCCUCGUUAAAAUGAGGCAACCGGCUGAACGAUAUUUGGCUGAUCAAGUUGCUGCUAGAAACGGAUUCGUCAAUCUUGGACCGAUUUUAGGAAGUCAAAUGGAAUAUCAUUUCGUUCACAAAGCUCUACCACAUGCACGGAGUAAAAGAUCCGUACCGCAUAUGCGACGUUUGAAGGUAGACCCAUUGGUGCAUACAGCUGUUCAACAACCUGGAUUUAAAAGAGUAAAGCGAGGUUACAACACAUUAACCGUGGACAAUCUUGCCUCCUUGUACGAGAUUAAAAAUUUACCAAAUUUAGCAAAUAGAAAUCCAACGGAUCCUUACUUCCAAUAUCAAUGGUAUUUAAAAAAUACUGGACAGAAUGGUGGUAAACCUAAAUUGGAUCUGAACGUUGAAGCUGCCUGGGCACAAGGUGUUACUGGGAAAAACGUGACCACUGCUAUUAUGGACGACGGUGUUGAUUAUAUGCACCCGGACCUGAAAUAUAACUACAACGCUAAAGCUUCUUACGAUUUUAGCAGUAACGAUCCAUUUCCAUAUCCAAGAUAUACGGACGAUUGGUUUAACAGUCAUGGCACCAGAUGUGCUGGUGAAGUAGCAGCAGCUCGAGACAAUGGGGUUUGUGGUGUCGGUGUGGCGUACGAUUCGAAAAUUGCUGGAAUACGGAUGCUGGAUCAGCCUUAUAUGACUGAUUUGAUCGAAGCGAAUAGUAUGGGCCACGAACCUGAUCUGAUCGAUAUUUAUAGUGCCUCAUGGGGCCCAACAGAUGAUGGGAAGACUGUUGAUGGGCCACGAAAUGCGACCAUGAGGGCCAUCGUGCGUGGAGUUAACGAGGGUAGAAAAGGUUUAGGCAAUAUUUAUGUCUGGGCUUCCGGUGAUGGCGGCGAAGAGGACGAUUGUAAUUGCGAUGGAUACGCAGCGAGUAUGUGGACCGUGAGCAUAAACAGUGCCAUUAACGAUGGUCAAAAUGCCCAUUACGAUGAAAGUUGUUCUAGCACGUUAGCUUCGACCUUUAGUAAUGGCGCGAAAGAUCCUAAUACCGGUGUGGCUACGACCGAUCUUUAUGGGAAAUGUACGACGACUCAUAGUGGAACAUCCGCUGCGGCGCCGGAAGCUGCUGGGGUGUUUGCUUUGGCCCUCGAAGCCAAUUCACAGUUGACUUGGAGGGACAUUCAACAUUUGACGGUAUUGACCUCAAAAAGGAAUUCGUUGUUCGAUGCUAAAGGAAGAUUUCAUUGGACUAUGAACGGCGUUGGACUGGAAUUUAAUCAUCUCUUUGGUUAUGGUGUUCUUGAUGCAGGCGCUAUGGUGGCCUUGGCUAAAAAAUGGAAAACCGUACCUCCUAGAUAUCACUGUGAAGCUGGUUCUGUCAUCGAGCCACAGAAAGUUACCAGUAAACGGUCGUUUCUGUUGAAAAUCAAGACCGACGCAUGUGCUGGCACGGAAUAUGCUGUUAACUACUUAGAACACGUUCAAGCUGUUAUUUCCGUAAAUGCUACUCGUCGAGGAGAUCUCGAAUUGUUUCUAACUUCGCCAAUGGGAACUAGGUCGAUGAUAUUAAGUCGCAGAAUCAAUGAUGACGACCACAGAGAUGGAUUUACGAAGUGGCCGUUCAUGACAACUCAUACUUGGGGCGAAUAUCCUCAAGGAACUUGGCUGUUAGAGGUUAGCUUAAACUCGCAAAUACCUCAACAUGGUUGGAUUAGAGAAUGGACAUUGAUGUUACAUGGUACCAGAGAACCACCAUAUACUGGAUUACCAGCUGCAGAUCCAUAUUCGAAAUUGGCAAUUGUGAAAAAAGCCCACGAAGAACGUUCGAGUGCGAUGUAACGAUAAACGACCGACAUUUAAUAUGGCCGCUCGAAAUUGAAAAUGUUCGCGCGAAAUUUAUAAUUUUUUUUUUUUUUUUUUUUUUUUCUUUAUCUUUAUCUUUUCCUUCACGCAUUCUCGUUCUCGAGAACAUCAAUAUUAAUCUUCAUUAAAUCUUACAUACUUCCCUAAAAUUUCUCUCAAAUUUGCAAAGAGUCGAAAACGAACAAACGAAACGAGAAAAAAAAAUCAGAAACAGAAAAACAAAAAGAAAGAAUAGCUUUUUACAACUUUCAUUUUUAAAUUGAUUUAUACGAACAUUUGUUUUCGAGUUGACGCGUUAGGAAAGAGUUUUCAAAUCAAAUAAAUAAAAAGAAAAGAGCGACGAAAUUCGACGAACGACGAACGACGAACGACAAAUUUAACGUAACAAAGAAUAAAUAAGAAACAGAAAUAAAACAAAAAAAAAA